AGUUUCGACAGCGGUUGGGCGAUUGGGUCGUCGUCCCCCUCUACUAGCUUCCCCACCUCUCCUCUCCACUCCAAGCCUUGGGCUCCGGUCCGUCUCCCGCCAACCCAAUUUCGCUUCCCGCCGCUCCCCAUCACAUCCCACUCCCACCCCAUUAAACCCGCCCGAAAGGCCGCGCCCUCGAGAAGUUGGCGAACCCCUGGCCAGAAAUCCGAUCCCCAGCCGCCGCGGCUCGCGCUCUCGUCUUUUCCCCUCUGCUCGAGCACGCGCGGCUACUCCCGGCGUCAGGCGGCGGCGAUGAGCGCGGUGAACAUCACCAACGUGGCGGUGCUGGACAACCCCACCGCCUUCCUCAACCCCUUCCAGUUCGAGAUCUCCUACGAGUGCCUCGUGCCCCUCGACGACGAUCUGGAGUGGAAGCUUAUAUAUGUUGGAUCAGCUGAAGAUGAAAACUACGACCAACAGCUUGAGAGCGUGCUUGUUGGCCCUGUCAAUGUUGGGACCUACCGUUUCGUCCUCCAGGCUGACCCACCGGAUCCCUCAAAGAUCCGUGAGGAAGACAUAAUUGGUGUGACUGUGCUGCUACUGACGUGCUCUUACAUGGGCCAGGAGUUCAUGAGAGUAGGUUACUACGUGAACAAUGAUUAUGAUGAUGAGCAAUUGAGGGAAGAGCCUCCAGCAAAGGUGCUAAUUGACCGGGUGCAGAGAAAUAUCUUGGCUGACAAGCCCCGAGUCACCAAGUUCCCUAUCAACUUCCAUCCUGAACCCAGUACUGGCACGGGACAGCAGCAGCAGGAACCCCAGGCAGCCUCGCCAGAAAACCACACAGGCAAUGGCCAUGGCAAUGGCGAUGGAAGCAAGCCUGAAGCUGACCAAUGAACACAGUUGGCUUCAAAUAUUUUGAUGCGCGCCACUUACAGGUUGUGCUGUAAUAUUACAAACGGGAUUAGUGGUUAUGCAUUGCCCUGGGAUCCUGGUUCUAGCACAUGGUGGUUGUUUAGAACUCUUUGUUCUGUACCUUGAGAUGCAAAUGCUGGGUACCUGUAUGUUUCCUUAGUACAAGAGUAUUUCAGCCUGUUCUCCUGCAAUUGCUGUAUGCUUCUUUAGAGUUUAGAGUAGUGUUUUACCUCAAAACUACUCAUUGGCUAGUCUUGGUUACCAGCUUUGGUCUUCGCAGUAUAGCUUCUAACUGGAAUCCUUUUGUUCACUUAACGCAAAUGGUGAAAUGAAAUGAUUUGUGAUUGUAAUCUAUUAUGCUUUGU